UAUACCCAAAAACCAAUGUGACGGAUGCCGCACGUAUAGAAACUGCUUUUAACACACAGUUUCUGUUUAUAUGUGAUCGGCUGGAUGCUUUUGUUGGGAAUAAACAACCUGCAGGUGCCUAUACUGAGAGGGGGACCCGCACGUGAAUCUAAUGUGAAGCCAGGACGCAGAAAGGAGCGGAGCGCGCAACCAGCAAGUGCGGUAAAUUGGACUUUUCCACCACCACCACCAACCCUCUCGUGGCUCCUUUCUUUGGCCAUCCCUGCUCCCUCUGAGGAAAUCUCUCCCCCCCCAUCCCCACUCACUCCCAUCACUCCCUCUCCCACCCGCCAGUCUCCUCCCGUGAUCCCGGAGCGCCGGUACUCCGCACCAGAGCGCGCCGGAACCCCCGGAGAGGGGUUGGAUAUUUUGGGAAGGGAAGGUGGAGAUGGAUUAGAAAAGACAUCGCAAAACUGGAGCAGCACGCGCGAGCACGCCGGGGGGGAAGGGGUCGUCGGGACUCGAUGAAUUCACGGAGCCCCCGGGACAGAGGAUGUGAAUGGGUCCACCCCAAGAUGAUGUCCCCCAAAAGCAAAGCCAAGAAGAAACCACCCAAGGACAGCAUGACACUGCUACCAUGCUUUUAUUUUGUGGAGCUCCCCAUCGUCCUCUCCUCCUUGGUGUCCCUGUACUUCCUGGAGCUGACGGAUGUCUUGUCCCCGGCAAUGGUGGGCUUCCGUUGCCAUGACCGCGACCUCUCCAUGCCCUACGUAGAGACGGGCGAUGAGCUCAUCCCUCUAUUGAUGUUGCUGAGUUUGGCCUUCGCUGGUCCGGCAGCUUCCAUCAUGUUGGGGGAAGGCCUGAUGUACUGCAUGCAGUCCAAACUGAGGACUUGUCCCAAGUCGGAGGGCAGCAUAAACGCCGGAGGCUGCAGCUUCAACUCCUUCCUACGGAGAACCGUGCGCUUUGUAGGUGUUCAUGUGUUCGGUCUCCUGGCAACGGCCCUGGUGACAGAUGUCAUCCAGUUGGCCACCGGUUACCACGCCCCUUUCUUCCUCACCGUGUGCCAACCCAAUUACACGGCCCCGGGGGUGUCGUGUGACAACAACGCGUACAUCACACAGGACAUCUGCAUGGGAAAAGACCAAUACGCUAUCAUGUCAGCUCGGAAAACAUUUCCAUCCCAGCAUGCAACGCUGUCUGGCUUCGCGGCUGUAUAUAUCUCUAUGUACUUCAACGCCAGCAUCAACAGCACCACGAAGCUGCUGAAGCCGCUGCUGGUCUUCUCCUUCUGCAUGGCGGCGGGCCUCGCCGGCCUGACGCAGAUCACGCAACACCGCAGCCACCCCAUAGACGUCUACGUGGGGUACCUGGUGGGGGCCGGCAUCGGAGUCUACCUGGCUGUGUACGCGGUGGGGAACUUCAAAGCAUCAGAGGAGGACGCUCCAUCCUUGCAGAGACUGGGCUCGGUCCAGCAGGAGGGCCUGAGGGUGUUGAGCCAGCGCAGCCACGACUCCCUGUACAGGAAGACUCCCAGGGUGUCUGAGAGCAGGGAAGAGCUGGGGGCCGGCCUGGGGGUCGGCGUGCGCAGCAAAGUGAGGAGGGAAAAGGCCUCCCUGGCCUCCCUGAAGCGGGCCAGUGCUGAUGUGGAGCUCCUGGCAACCCGCAACCCCAUGGGCAAGGAGACCAUGGUAACCUUCAGCAACACUUUGCCCCGAGUCGCCAACGGCAACAGCCCCAUCUCCCCCUCCGAGGAGCCGAUCCCCACGCAGCGUCACAUGACGUUCCACGUGCCCUUUGACCCCCAGAGGUCUCGGCAGCUGGUGUCAGAGUGGAAGCAGCGCUCGCUGGAGCUCCGCAGCCAGAGCUCGCGAGAUGAAGACGAGGGAGCGGACGACAAAGACGGAGGAGGUGAAGCGGGAGAAGGAGAAAACCACGGGAUGCCGCCGUCUCUUUAUCCCACGGUGCAGGCCAACAGCAGCAUGGCCACGCCGGCUGCAGCCAGGAUGGUGGUGUCACCCCCACUUGUUCACAUCCCCGAGGAGGCCUCGCGGCCACCGCCCGUUUCCCCCAAGAGUGCCAAGACCCGUGCCAAAUGGCUGUCACUCACAGAGGGAGGAGGGGGGAAAGAGCCUGGACCAGGUCCAAUCGCGGUGUCCACCCCCAGAGUGCCCAACACGCAGCCCAGCCAGCUUCCCAGCCAGCAAAGAGUCACUCAGGUCAUAGCGAUGUCAAAGCAGCAGGGUCACGGCCCGGUCUCCUCGUCCACAAAGACGUCAGAAGGCGGCUCCUCCUCCGGCGGCGGCUCCAACUGCUCCGAGUCACCGUAUUACCGCAUCCCAUCUGAUCGAGACAGCUGCACUGGAAGCAACCCGGGGAGCAUCGCCGGCAGCGGGAGCAUCGUCACCAUCGAUGCUCACGCCCCCCACCAUCCGGUGGUGCGCGUUUCUGCCAGUAACGGCAAGCCGUGGGAGUGGAGGAACACCAUCGGCGGGAACAUGAUGAGUGGCGAGGCGGCGGACAAGCACCGCGCCAUGCUGCAGCGGCAGGACAAUGUCAGCCACUACCGGGAUUACCGGACACUCCCCGUCAAAACAGACUCGCUGUGCUCGUCCACGACCAGCGGCGGCAGCACCGAGGGAGGGGCGGAGCUGCCUCCCCCACCUCUUCCCACCGCCUCCUCCCCUCUGCCUCCUCCACCUCAGCUGUCAUCGUCCCCUCUUCCACCACCACCACCCCCCCAGACCUCUUCGUCCCCCUUGCCUCCCCUUCCCAGCUCCUCUCCGUUGCCUCCCCCUCCCCCUCAUUCUGCCUCCUCUCAUUUGCCGCCACCCCCGCACCCAUCAUCUCAGAUUUCUCCACCUCCUUUCCCAUCAUCUUCCCAUAUGCCCCCACCUCCUCACUCAUCUUCCUCCCAGAUGCCACUGCCUCCUCACCCAUCGUCCACCCAAAAGCUACCCCCUCCUCACCCAUCAUCCACUCAAAUGCCCCCACCCCCUCACCCAUGCUCGUCCCCGUUGCCACCUCCUCCUCCUCAUGCCUGCUCGCCCAUGCCUCCACCUCCUCACCCGUCCUGCUCCAGCAUGCUCCCCCCUCCUCCCCACCCCGACCUGCUGAUAGACCACGGCCAGGCUCUGUCUCGUUCCUCCACCCUGCCUCGCCGGCCCUCCGUCUCGGCCCACAGCCAUGCCGAGCAGGAGCACUACUACAAGGCCAUGCAGAACGAGCGGAUGUUAUAGUGAACAUGAAAGACAGCAGACGUCGCUGUAACGUCCCAGAUUGUACUUAAAAGGACUUUGUUGAAGCAGGCGGUUCAAAAAAAAAAACAAGGCUGUGACAAGUAAAGAGAAAUUUAUGACUUCUGAAAGAUGACAGAAAGGUUUAGAGGUCUGUGGGGAAAGUCUGCAAGCUUGUACAAGCUCAGCGGGGGAUCUGUUUUUAUGGAGGUUUUUUUUCCCCCCUUGCUCAUACAUACUGCCACUGGACCGGCCGUGACUGGAGAGAGUAUUGACGAGAAAAAAAAGGUGGAAUGAAACGGAGCCUGGUGCAAAAAUAAACCCCGUGCUCACCUCUCGUUUCAGCAUCUUCUCAGUUUCCCGAGGCACGCUCAAAGAAGGAACUCUGGAGGCUGCAGCUAACAGAGAUGCUGUGUGGUCGGGGAUUUGCUAAAUUGAGUUUCCCCUCAAGAGAGGGGAUAAGACUGUGAAAACAACUACAGGCAAUCUAGCUCAUCUACAACCCGUGCAGCUGUUUGAGGAUACCAGACUUCACACACUGAGAAUAUCUUCUUAUAUCUGGCUCAAACAAGUUUAAGGUUCUUAUCUACAACUCGCACAAGUAUGACAGCCUUUAACUCAUCUAAAUAAACUAAACCACAUGGGUCAUUUUUAUUCCUGAUGCCAAUCAAAUGCGUCCAUGUCCACCAGACAUCACUUGCUCAAGAAGUCUUUGUGACCGUGCGGCGAGUAGGGGGAAGGGUGGGCGCGAAGGAGGACCAUGCACAGUUGAGUGCCCCUGUACAGACGUCCCUUAAUGGUGUACUGUUGUAAACGUAAGAGGCAAAGAAUUGUGAAGGAAAGUAUUGCUGACAUUAAAAGGGUGGCCGCGCAGCACAGUGAGCCCGGCAGACGGUCGGUCUUUGCUCGUGGAGCAGAACUUGGAGCUGCGCUGAGGAGAUUAGCAUUUCUUCAUGAAACCAUGCUCACACAUUCUUCCCACUUGCCCUCUCUGGCAAAUCACAAUAGUGGUGGGAACAUUAAUGGGAAACUACCCAGCCAGUGGUGAAACAUGACAUAAUCUCCAGUAUGUUGGCUUAAAAAGCUGCAGGUUGGUCGCAGCUAACUGGCUUCGUAGAUUGGUAAAGGGACAUUUUUAGGUUGUAAAAAAAAACAAAAAACUUUCUUUGAUAUCCAUCCAUGCUUUUAAA